AUAGGAAUCGUUCGCCGAUACCCAUACUUCCAAUCAGAAAUCGAUAUGCGGCCGCUAUGUUUUUAUAAAUGGAAUUGUAAAAGUAGAUUUUAAAGUGUGUAUUAGCGAAAUCAGUGGUGUCUGUGACACAAUAAAAUUAGCACCGUGUUAAACAAUGGAGGAGUUACAUUCGUGUAGCUGUUGCCUGGUGCGGCCGCCGGAAAAGGGGCUCAAAAUGCUGUAUAAACAUCUCGGCAAAACAGAAAUAUAUUACGACAUGCUGAAAGACUGUUUCGACAUAAAUCUAGGCAUAGGUAAUGAGGAGUGUGGGAUCUGUGAGGUGUGCGUGGGGCGGCUGCGGGACGCAAGUGACUUCAAGCUACAAGUGAAGCGCAGCCAGGCAGAAUUGCAGGCACGGCUCAAGGGAGUCAUCACUGCCAGUGACAAGUUCAAAAUCAAGUUGGAGAAAGCUGCUGGAGAUGAAAACAUAGGUGACAUCAAGCUGGAGAAGUCUGAGGUGGAGAUGGCCGAUGGCGAGGUCGUAUCAGUGGCCAUAUACGGCGGAGCACCAGGGCCUUCAGCGGAACCCAUUUCUUCUGCGUCAAAACGAGUCACUACUCCGGUGGACGUAGCUGACACCAAUCUCGACGAUUCCGAUCCGGCUCCGGCUCCCAGUCGCGCCCGCGGUAAAUUACACACCUGCGACAUAUGCCAAAAAACGUUCAAGAACCCUAAUGCAAAAACCAGACUCAUGAUCCAUCGCCGCUCCCACACUGGCGAGAAACCUUACGCGUGCAACGUAUGCGAUAAAAGAUUCAUACAAAAAAGUCAUUUAAAUACACAUUACGCAUACCACAUGGGAAAGUUUAAAUUCUCCUGCGAAGUAUGCGACAGGCGAUUCGUACAAAAAAAUGAAUUUGUUAUACAUAUGCGGAUACACACAGGUGCAAAACCGUUUUCGUGUGAUAUAUGCAACAAAAAAUAUAGACAAAAAAGUCACUUAACUGUUCAUAAAAAGACACAUUUGAAAUUUGAUCAUAGUCAAGUGGAGCCGGGAGAAAUAACAGUAUGCAAAAAAGAGUUUGCAGAUGAAACUAAAGAUCAAGUAUCCAGAGACCAACAAAUAUUCACUUGUGAUAUUUGCAAAAAACAAUUUGCAGAAGAAAGCACCUUUAUCGCUCAUAAAAAUAAUCAUUCCGGUGAUUACCCAUUUACUUGCGAUGUUUGUGAAAGGAAAUUCAAUACGCAGUUUGCAUUGAAAAAUCAUAAAUUUGAUCACACUGGAGGGAAACCGUUUAAGUGUGACAAAUGCAAUAAAAGGUAUACAUCGAAAUGUGCUUUAAAACUCCAUUCUAAACUUCACGAUGAGGAUUAUAAGUACGCGUGUGUCGUAUGUAACAAACGAUUCAUAAAAAAAGACGCUUUGAGUAUACACCUGCGCGUACACACGGGAGAAAAGCCUUAUAACUGUGAGAUAUGUCAAAUGAAUUUUCGCUAUAGAUGUAGCUUGAAGAGACAUCUAUUAGUCCAACACAAUCAGGUUAUGGACAAACAGUUCUGUUGUGAUAUUUGCGGGAAGCGAUUUGCACUACAGGGAACUUUAGCUAAACAUAUGGAUAGACAUGCCGAGAAAGAAAUGGAAGAUAAAGCGUUAAGGGAAGGAAGAAAGGAGUAUAUGUGUGAAAUAUGUAGCAAACGAUUUUCAACAAAAGGUAUCUUAAGAAAUCACAGUAUAACACACUCUGAUGAAAAACCUUUUGAGUGUGAAACUUGUCAUAAGAAAUUCCGGAAGAAGCGAAAUUUGCAGGACCACAUGAUGGUACACGAGGACUUUAAACAACACGCGUGCGAAGUGUGCGGCCAGCAAUUUAGGCAUAAAUCUGCCUUGACAGUUCAUGUUCGAAGAGUUCACUCAACUAUCAAGCCACAUGCUUGCGAUGUUUGUAAAAAGGCUUUUCCAGUUCUUGCUGCAUUGAAAGAACACUAUCGUGUUCACACUGGUGAAAGACCAUAUGCUUGCGAAAUAUGCUACAAGAAAUUUCAGCGCCAUAGUGGAGUUAAGAAACAUCUUAUAAGCGUUCACCAUGAGAAACCAACGAGAUUUAUUAAAUUAAAAAACAUGAAUAAUUAUAAUUAUAACUAAUUUAAAUAGGUGUUCGCAGUACAGUAAAGAGAGUGGUGAUGGCAUUGAAAAUAUCCAGGCUAUUUUACAUAGUACAGUUUAU